AUGUCCACCUCGUUUGAUUCCGCCGAUUCCUCUCGUCCUAUGAUGGCUCCCACUACCCAAAACCGCGCCUCCGUUCGCCUCUCCAGGGCGGCCUCCAUGGCCCCCUCGGUCGCGCCUACCUUCAGCACCACCGACACCGCCGUCGCCCAGAUCGUCGACAUUGGCAAGGGGCUCGAACGUAUGGAAAACAAGGCGCUGACGCAGCAGCGCGUGCAACUGUCCGAGGAGAAGAGCGUCAACUUGCAGAAACUUGCUCUGGGCGCCAAGCUUGAGCGCGCGCUCGACCGUCGCAUGUCUGGCCAGGAUGCGGUCAUGAGGCCGCGCAAGCCAACUAUUACCGCCGCUUCAAGUGUCAUCAGCGAGAAGGAGAGGGUCGAGGCGAUCUGAUUUGGACAUAUUGAGCCAAGGGGCAUGAGGUGAAUGGAGCGACAAAACAACGAUCACGCGGCAAGACAAGAGAAGAAUAUCUGGCAUGUUUGGCCGGUUGGCCGGAGAAUGCGCCUGCCGCUCUCGUUCACUCCGCCUGCAUAAUGCCGUUCCACACGCUAUUGGGGGACGUUGCGCUGAGACCGGCCGCGCAAUACGAGAGGAUAGCCAGAUACCAACCUUCCUCGUCCGCUCGAACCACCCCAACGCGAAACUUACAUGCCAACAAACCCGCCGCGUCGAGAAUUUGGAAAGGAGUUCACCACAUCGGGCGAAAGUAGCGGUGAUAUUGAGAAUGGGAUAAACUGCGAAUUGGAUGCUCGGUCGCAGGCAACGGGAGGAGUUGUACGAUUACAUUUUCUGGGUGUUCAAAACAUCAUGGCGUUGCUUAUUUUUAUUUUCAAUGUUUUUCACCACAUCUGGAUCAUCACCUUUUGUUGAGGGAGAAACAUUCGGGUGGCCAGCUUGAACCGCUACGGGACAAGACACUGGCCAAGGAUUCGCAAACAUUGCUGCUUCAUGGACAUGUUUUCAUUUUAGAAGAAGGCCGGGGGAGUGGUCAACAAAAGGAGAAGAGCAGACAGCAACUUUUAUACUGGGCGAGCAAGCAGCAGACAUGUUAGUUACAUGGAUCGAUGGAAUGGGUUACGUUACAACGCAAAUUCGCAACCGGCACCUCCCUUUCGGUGUAUGUGUAUGUAUACCUAUACCUGAGGGCCGUGAUACGAGAUACGUAGUAAAUUGACAGGAAGUUUCAAGUUU